AUGGCUACCGUCAUCACCAUUCAGCCUUCCUCAACGGCUGUCCCAACCUCCCACUCUCCUUCUCUCCACCGUCGACAUCCCUCCAACUCCAACUCCACCCCCAACAUUCUUUCGCCCUCCCCUAUCUCCAUUCACUCUUCACUACCCCGGCUGGGUAGUAGGGAUGCAGCCAGUUGUGACGCCUGCCUUCGUCGAAAGAGCCGCUGUGCUAUGAAUGACCUCGUCAAUAAGUGUUACUCCUGUGACUUUCACCGCCAGGAAUGCACAUUUACCCUCUCGACCGAGGCCCCAAUCAAGAAGCGCAAGCUGGAGGAUUCCCCAAGAGAGCUUGAGUCUGUAAAACGACCCUCUAUACAAUCCAACACACAUACCCCGGCCCAACCUCCAGCCCCCGAGGCCGUACGCCUCCAUCAAGGCGCCAUGAUUCGCCCAGGCUUCUUCAAUCAAUCGACCCAACAUAUUGGCAUGACCACCGAAUUGGAGCCGGCCCUCCUCGAAUAUCUGCCAUUAGACGAAUACGACGAAUGCAACGUCUCCAACUCCCGCAUCCGAAGAUGUGCCGAUGACUGCACCUUUAUGCGUGUCGUCGACACCCUCCCUAUCGGUGACUCGCAGGCCGUGUCACUCGACGCCAUCGAGAGCCUGGUUGCUCCCUACGGCGCCACUUUGAUUGAGAAGUUCUUCGACCAUGUGCACCCUUCCUUUCCCAUUCUCAUGGAGGAUGCUUUCCGCCAAUCAUACCGGGAACGCCGCCAAUUAUCCCCGCUACUCCUCGCCGCAGUCUAUGUGCUUACUCUGAAGUUCGUCGAUGUGGGCGCCUCCUCUCAAACAGCCCGCCGCCCGGACGCAGCGCGGUUAGAGAGCACAGCGUUGAAACUGCUGAUUGAGUCUCUGCCGUUCCCCAGUAUUUCAACGAUCCAGGCCGGUCUGCUGUUAACGCAGAAGUCGACCUUGGCGACGGCCUCGCUGAAUGGCCAGUUGGUGACUGCGUGCUUCGAGCUGGGUCUGCACCAGGACUGCUCGAACUGGCGCAUGAAGACGUGGGAGAAGGGUCUGCGGAAACGUCUUGCCUGGGCUCUGUAUAUGCAGGAUAAAUGGUCUUCCUUAGUACACGGUCGUCCAUCGCAGAUCUUCGCCUUCAAUUGGACUGUCAAGGAUCUCGUGGAAGACGAUUUCUCCGACGCUUUCCUCUCCGGUACCGACUCGGCGCACGACUCAGCAGCUGUUGGACACGGCCCUCUUCUAUUCUGCCAUAUGGUGGCCCUCACAACCAUUCUCUCCGAUAUUCUGGACCGCUUUUAUACCCUCAAAUCCAUCGAGGAUUUCACAGCCGCAGGCAACCAAAGAACCCGCAUCAUCCUCGAAAAGGCCAAGCCAGCACAGAUCCGAUUGAAGGAGUGGUUCUCCUCCCUACCCCCCUCAUUGAAGAUGGAAUCAUCAACCGGCGAGCUCGUCGAGACAAUCACCGACGAACACGCCCGCAACGGCGCCCUCCACCUCGCCUAUUUCGCCACGGAAAUCACCCUUCACCGUUGUAUCGUGCGCUCCCUCGCCACAGAUGGCUCAGACUCCUACCUCGCACACAUCUGCCGCGGCGCCGCAAAAACCCGCCUGAUCUCCGCCAUGGAUUUCGUCAACCGCCUUCGUCCCGCUCAUCUACGCUCAUUCUGGCCCGCUUCCGCACGCACCAACUUCUCUCUAAUCGGCUCCUUUGGUAUGCUCCUUCGCAUUACCGCGCCGACAAAUGAGGAAGCAGAUUUCUACCGCGUGCGUUUAUGCGAAUACCGCUGGACUUUGAGCGUUAGUCACAAGAAUGCCGAGUUCAUGAGCUUCGCUCUGGAGAGUCUUGACAAUGCGACGGCCUUUGACAAGCAUGUCCCCGAGAAGCCGAAUAUCGACGAACUCAUGGCUUCGCAGAAACAGAUUCCCCGUGUUUCUUUCGAGGGCACGUAUGAUGAUGCUAUGGCUGAAGCUGAGGCUACGCACGGCGCGGGCUCUUCUUCUGUUAUCUCCGGUCUUGCAUCUCCUGCUACUUCUGUUAGCGACAUGGAAGAUAAUGAUGGUUCGAUGCUUUGA